CACGUGCUGUUUACAGUGAUAUUUUGUUGGUUAGAUCCGUUGAACAGUAUUAACGCCUGAUAAUCUAAAAUGCUGUGUAAAUAAUAUUUUAUUAAAAAAAUACUAAUUAAUAAGUUAUCAUGCGAUAUCUCUUAGAAAACGUUUACUAAAAAUCAUGAAUUUAUUCGUCGUUAACAGAUAUGAAGAUGAAGAGUGGAAAAAACAAUCUAAUGAGCCACAAGACCAUUUAUCGGAGUUAUUUAAGAAAAUCGAACGGAGAAAACGUGAAAAGGAAGCAGCAGCAAAGGCUGCACAAGAAACUACUUCUGCAGAACUUAGUGCAACAAACACAGUUGCACCUACAGUUGAUACAAAUAAAAAAGGCAAAAAGAAAAAGGGAAAGAAAAGAACACAUGACAUCUCAGAGGGUGUCAACACGACUGGUGAUUUAAAUAGACAUGAGAUAAGUCUGAAAAAUGCAGAGAAAUUAGGUUUUCAAGAAAAUAAUGCAAAGGAAUGUCAUCCAAGUGUCAUAAAUAAAGCAGACUUUACUAUUUUGGGAAGUAAAACACAUACAAAAAAACAAUUAGCUAAAAGAGUGUUACCACAUUGGCUUACCCAUCCAGAAAUAGUAAAUGCAGAUUUAAGUAGUGGCUCUAAUCUAGAUGAAGUUGAAAAUAUCUUAGGUUCUAAGUUGAUUGAAAAGCUAAAAACAGAUGGAUUUAACAAGCUGUUUCCUGUACAAGUUCAUGUACUGUCUUGGCUUUUAAAAUGUGACAAAGAUUAUAAAGCUGGCAGGUGGACCAGAGAUACUUGUAUAUCUAUGCCGACAGGAAGUGGGAAAACUCUAGCUUAUGUUUUACCAAUAGUACAGUUACUUCAAAACAAUUUUGUACGUUUGGUUAGAUGUCUUGUGGUUUUACCGGUUCAAGAAUUAGCUACACAAGUUCAUGAUGUGAUGGUAAAAUACUGUCAUGGUACAUCAUUGAGGGUAGCUUUAAUUUCUGGAGCCUCGUCAUUUAAAGAUGAACAAGAAAGGCUUGUACAAAAAUGUGAAAAUGGACAAUAUUUAAGUCGUGUAGACAUAGUCAUAGCUACUCCUGGUCGUUUAAUUGAUCAUGUAAAAAAAACUGAUGGUUUCUCACUAUUCGCAUUGAGAUUUUUGGUCAUUGAUGAAGCUGAUCGUUCCACAGAUUGGUUGCAGUAUAUUCCUUUUCCUCAUGCGAAACCUCCUCCAUUGAUCGUAGAAAAUAUUCGUAAAAGCUGGAAUAUACCUGCUCAGAAAAUUCUUUUAAGUGCCACACUAUCUCAAGAUCCUGAAAAACUUAGUAGAUUAGGUUUAUUUAGACCAAUUUUAUUUACAUCAGCUAAAGUUAAUUUAAAAAACAUUGACAAAGACAUUAAUCUUGAUAAAGACUUAAACCAGUUUGUGAGUCGUUAUGGAAAUCCUAGUCAGCUAACAGAAAGAAUUAUAGAGUGUACAUUGCAACAUAAACCACUUGCUCUAUAUCAACUACUUACAAAUAAUGAGCAAGUACAGAAGUCUUUAGUAUUUACUAACUCAAGUGAAGCUGCUCACAGAUUGGCUAUACUUUUACAAUCAUUACUGCAAAAUAAAAAUGUAACUGUGGGAGAGCUUUCUGGGCAAUUGGGUUCAAAACAACGAGAAGAUACACUUGAAAAAUUCAUUCAAGGCACAUUACAAGUACUCGUAAGCUCAGAUGCCUUAGCCAGAGGUAUCGACGUUCCAGGAAUUAAACUCGUUGUAUCUUACGAUUUGCCGAAAUUCGUAAAAGGUUACAUUCACAGAGCUGGCAGAACAUGCAGAGGUGGAAAUUCAGGAACAGCUGUCUCGUUAUUGCAGGCAAAUCAGACAGCGCAAUUUACUGCAAUGUUAGCCAAAGUCGGUAAAACCGUACCGGAGAUUGAAAAGCUGGAGUUAGACAACGUAGCAGAGACUCUAAAGUACGAAAAUCACUUGAAAAUUUUGCAAAACAAGCUGUCAAACGAGCAAGAAAAUCAUUUGAAAAGAAUAAAAUCUCGUAAACGUAAAACAUUAAGCAAAGAAGAUCUAAAAUUAUAG